ACAACACACCCUGAACAUGUAAUUUGCGUCACAGCUGAUCAUCAGUCAAUCCCUACCCAGACGGCCGGCAUAUUUGUAUAAAAGAGCAUACCCGGUCACACUGACUACUAGCUUGACAAACUUGAGGGCCGUUCGUGUACAGUAGCAUCAGCAGUACCAUGGCAACCGCAAAAUUCAAAGACACCACCUCGCCGUUUGCGAGAAAGCAACCCUCACCACCCGCCCAGGAUUUCCUUCAUCAACAGCAUUUGGAGAACAUCAGUUUGAAGACAGAUGCACGCAAAGAAAGGGUAAAGCUUGCUUUGUUCGGCGUCGGUCGAGCUGGCAGCACUCACUUGUCCAACAUCAUCGCCAACCGCAGGAUCCAGUUACUUUACAUCGUUGAUGAUGUAGAAUCGAACUGGGAGAAAAUCAGGGAAUACUGGCAUCUGAACGACGUCACUUUCUUGAACAGUAAACAAUCGUCUAAGGUGUUCCGAGAUCCCAAUAUAGAUGCAGUUUUAGUGGCAAGUCCCACAUAUACUCAUGGAUCAAUCGUGAGACAAGCUUUGGAAGCCAAAAAAGCAGUCUUCUGUGAGAAACCAAUUGCAGAAGACCGCACGACUACUCUGAAGUGCUAUGAAACUGCCCAGAAAGUUGGGAAGCCAUUGCUCAGUGCCUUCAAUAGACGUUUCGACCCCAGUAUCGCUACAAUUAAGCAAAGAGUCAGGAACGGUGAAGUUGGGCACGUUCAUAUCAUCAAAACUGUUUGCAAGGACUCUCCUCUUCCUUCGAUGGAGUACUUGAAAACGUCUAGUGGUAUUUUCCAUGACUGCAUGAUUCAUGACAUCGAUACAAUCACAUGGAUUCUUGGGGAGCUUCCAUGCAAGGUUAAUACCUUUGCCCACGCACACACUCCAGAAAUCAAAGAAAUGGGUGACUUUGACACGGUGGCAGUAACCCUUUACUACCCAUCUGGCACCAUAGCAAUGAUUGAUGCUUCCCGCACUAGUGCCUUCGGAUACGAUCAACGUCUCGAGGUGUACGGUACCAAGGGACUGAUCAGCUUGGACAAUGAACGACCUCUACACGGCGUCACUUCACAAAUUGGCCUCCAAGGAAUCACCCAAUCUCCGAUCCACUACUCAUUCCCUAGUAGAUUCAAGUAUUCCUACCAAAGGGAAUUAGACCACUUCAUCGACGUCCUUUUUGGUAAGACUGAAUUAGCUGUGAUGCCAAAAGAAACUUUGGCUGCCUGUAAGAUAGCCACGGCUUGCGAGGAGUCCGCCAAAACCAACAAGGUGGUGGAAAUUAAAUGGACGGACGACGAGUUGCUAACAAAUUCGCAGAAAGUAUCUACUGCGAAUUAAUUCACAGAUGUAUUCUAAUUACGUUUAUAGAAAGCAUAAUAAAUUCGAUAA